AUGGCGGAACCGACAGGGUUGACUGCACAGUCGGGCAUCGAGCUCCUAACAUUCGGUCAGUCCAAGUGCCACCUCCUCUUCCGAAAAGAAACAGUAAGGCUGACCACACUCACUACACCAGGAACGCCCAACGGCGUCAAGAUCUCGAUCCUCCUGGAAGAGCUCAAAGCGGCCUACGGCAAAGACUACACCUACCAAGCCAUCAACAUCCUCAAGGACACGCAAAAACAGCCGUGGUACACGUCGCUGAACCCCAACGGCCGCAUCCCGACCAUUGUCGACCACGACCGCGGCGGCUUGGUGGUCUUUGAAGGACUGGCGAUCCUGUCGUACUUGACGCGCCAUUACGACCCGGAACACAAGUUCAGCUUCCCCCUCGACUCGGACGACUAUUCGAUCUGUGAGCAGUGGGUGGCGUGGCAGCACGGGGGGAUCGGGCCCAUGCAGGGCCAGGCCGUCUACUUUGUCCACAUCGCCAAAGAAAAUGAUCCCUUCGCCAUCCAGCGCUAUGUUGGCGAGUCCGAGCGUCUCUACGGCAUCUUGGACGCUCGUCUCCGGGAUCGCGACUGGGUUGCCGGCCCCGGCCGUGGCAAGUACUCGAUCGCAGACAUCUCCCUGGCCGGAUGGGCCAACCUGAUCCUGUACACGCACAUCGAUCUGAGCAGGUUCCCGAAUGUCGAAGCCUGGCUUGAGCGCCUGUACGCGCGACCCGCACUGCAGCAGGGUCUCGCCGUGCCGAGCGGCACCAGUCCUCUUGUUGGAAAUCAGACGCUGAAGAAGAGGUUGCUCGAGGAUGAAGAGUUCAAGGCCAAGCAAGCCGCGACGGGGAAGCUGGUCCAGGAGGCUCAGGCGCAGUAUCACUAUCAGUACUCGUCGCCUUGA